GGGGAGAGGCAUGGAGUACGUGGAGCAGCUGAGGCGGGGUGAUUGGGAGGGAGAGUCGUAUCCCGAGUACGGCGAUUUCGCCGUCCUCCCCUUCUUCGCUCUCUUCUUCCCCUUCGUCAGGUUCUUCCUCGACCGGUUCGUCUUCGAGACAGUUGGUAGACGGUUGAUUUUGUUGAAGGGGCAGCAAAUGAAGGAUAUAGAGUCGGAUGGCAGAAAGAAGAUACGAAAAUUCAAGGAGUCGGCAUGGAAAUGUGUUUACUUUCUUUCAGCCGAGAUUCUGGCUCUAUACGUAACCUAUGAUGAACCUUGGUUCACUAAUACUAGAUACUUUUGGGUAGGACCAGGAGAUCAGGUUUGGCCUGACCAGAAGAUUAAAUUGAAAUUGAAGGGGGUGUACAUGUAUGCUGCUGGAUUUUACACAUACUCCAUAUUUGCUUUGGUUUUCUGGGAAACACGAAGAUCCGACUUUGGAGUGUCAAUGAGUCAUCAUGUCGCGACUGUGAUUCUAAUUGUGCUAUCUUACAUAUUUAGGUUUGCCCGAGUGGGUUCGGUUGUAUUAGCUCUUCACGAUGCCAGUGAUAUUUUUCUGGAAGUAGGGAAGAUGUCCAAGUACAGUGGGGCAGAGAUGAUUGCCAGUGGCGCAUUUAUACUCUUUGUUUUGUCUUGGAUCAUUUUGCGUCUUAUUUAUUACCCAUUUUGGAUCAUUUGGAGUACAAGCUACGAGGUUCUCUUGACAUUGGAUAAAGAGAAACACCCGGUGGAUGGCCCAAUCUAUUAUUAUGUGUUCAAUAGUCUUCUAAUUUGCUUGCUUGUUCUUCAUGUCUAUUGGUGGGUAUUGAUAUUCCGGAUGCUUGUGAAGCAAAUUCAAGCCAGAGGGCAGGUCACUGAUGAUGUCAGAUCUGAUUCUGAAGAUGAAGAUGGACAUGAAGAUUGAUUAAGUAACGAUGGGAAACAGCAGCCUAGUUUAGGUACUUGAUAUGUUCAUUUGCUGAUACCAGGCGCCUCUGCGUAAAGUUGAUUUUUGCAACCCGAAGGGAUGCACGAAUUCAUUUAGGCCUGACACAGAAGCAUUUUUUCAGAGAAUUUAUUUGAAUUGUCCACCAGAGAGCUUGAUUCUUGGCCAUUUCUCUCUUUUAACCAAAACUUGAUUCUUGACUUGGAUACAACUCUCUCAUCUGUAUCAUUGAAUAAAGUGGAUUCUUGAGGAACUGAAUUCUUGUUGAUGCAAUUCCAGCAAUAGAAAAAGGAAGAAUUACUUGUUGAUACAA